AUGGUUUCUGGUAUCAAGUUGGAUCUAGGUAGUUGGUUAGCAAAGGAAUUUGUGAAGUGUCAUAUAAGUGAUUUAGAAUUUGAUGAAUGUGUUAGAUCAGGAUUACAAAGUGCGAUUCCUCAAUUAGCGACGGGUAUCCCUAGUUUGGGCUUGCAUAAAAUGGAUCCAUUGAGAAUUUCAAGACUAGGAAUAGAUCAAGGGACUCCAUCAAUUAAACUCAAACUCAAUUUUAAGGACUUGGAUAUAAUAAAUAUGAGAUCUUUGAUAAUAAAAAAAGCCAUUUACGAUCCGGUAAACUUUAGUAUGUCAAUUGAAUCUGAAGCUCAACAGCCUAUUGUUUUACAAGGACUGUACGAAAUGAAUGGUCAAAUAUUAGUUUUACCCAUCAUAGGAAAUGGACAAUGUAAAAUUAGUUUAGAAAACUUCAAGCUUACUGGUAUAUUGCAAAUGACACAAACAUUGAAAAACGGGAGUAUAUUCUUAGGAGUACAAGAUUUAUCUUGGAAAUUUACUACCUCAAGAAUACAUAUUUGGUUUGAUAAUUUAUUCAAUGGAAACAAAGCUCUUGGUAAUCAUAUGAAUAUUUUUCUUAACGAAAAUUGGCAAGAGUUAUUUGACGAAAUGCAAUCGGCAUUUGAACAAGCAUUAAGCUCAGCUUUUAUAGGAAUUAUCCAAAAGUUUUUCAAUCAAGUUCCAUUAAAGCAAAUUUUUAAUGAUUAAAUAUUUAAGUUUUUAUCAAUAAUU